AUUGAGUGGCGAAUUCCAUCAAAUCUAUCCGAAUGUUCACAACUUCAAAUUGUCGGACUGUCUCACAACUCCUUUAGUGGGAAGAUACCAAAAGAAAUCGGCAAUUUGGAAUUUCUUCUGAUUUUAGCUCUCGGGAGUAACAACUUAAAUGGUGUUAUCCCGUCCGAGAUUGGCAAUCUUCAGAACCUGGCUCAAUUUGGCAUUGAACGAAACCAAAUUAGUGGAACAAUUCCAGUCAGUAUCUUCAAUAUUUCUUCUCUCCAAAUUUUAAACCUACAUCACAAUCUACUGUCUGGAAACCUUCCAAAAGAUAUCGGGAAUCUUACAAAUCUCAAAUACUUGGACAUAUCAUUCAACAGCUUAAUAGGUGGUUUACCGCGAGAAAUUAGCAAAAUUUACCAACUGGGUACAUUAUCAUUAGGCUUUAACAACUUCACUGGUUUUAUUCCAUCGAAUCUCUUUAACAUGUCAAACCUUCAAGUUCUUAGUCUUCUAACUAAUAGUUUGUCAGGCAGUCUUCCAACUAAUUUGGAUCGUGGGUUACCUGCUCUUGAAGAACUAUAUCUCUUUAGAAACAAUUUAACUGGAGUAAUACCCGAUUCGAUCACUAACUGUUCCAAACUCAUAGUUCUCGAUAUCGGUCGUAACAACUUCACUGGUUUUCUACCUCAUUUUCUCGGUAACCUAAGAAUGCUUGAACGUCUAUCUAUAUUCGGCAACAAUCUAAGGACCGAAUCAACUUCUUUAGAAUUGAGCUUCAUAACUUCCUUGACUAAUUGCAGAUCUUUAAACGUGCUAUCAAUUGCUGAUAAUCCUCUAAAUGGAAUCAUCCCGGAUUCCGUUGGGAAUUUAUCUACCUCGUUGCAAUAUUUAUUUACCUACAAUUGCAAAAUUAAGGGUAUCAUCCCUGCACAAAUUGGCAAUUUAACCAACCUGGUGAAACUUUCUUUAUACAAUAACCAGUUGUCCGGUAACAUUCCACCCACUCUCAACCAUCUGCAAAAGCUUCAAGGAUUAGAUCUGCAGAGCAACAAUCUGACAGCUUCCAUUCCAAAUGGUAUUUGCGAUUUAAACAACUUGGUUAUUUUAUCUUUAAGCCAAAAUAAAUUCUCCAGUCGAAUACCGGAAUGUUUAGGAAAUAUCACAUCUUUAAGAAAUCUCUAUCUAGAAUCCAACAUGUUGUCUUCAAGCAUACCAUUGAGCAUGUGGCGCCUCAAAAAUAUGUUGGAGCUAAACUUAUCCUCAAAUUCCUUAACCGGAUUUAUACCUCCGGAAAUAGGUAAUUUAGUGUCAGCAACCUCUAUCGAUCUAUCAAUGAACAACUUGUCGGAUUCUAUUCCAAGCACAAUUGGAAAUUUAAAAUCUUUGAGUUAUCUGUCUAUGGCACAUAAUCUACUGGAAGAUUCUAUUCCCGAGACCGUGGGGAACAUAAUCAAUUUGGUAAGUAUAGACUUGUCUUACAAUAACCUCUCUGGUUCAAUUCCAAAGUCCUUGGAGGUACUUCAACACCUCGACUAUUUUAAUGUUUCUUUCAAUGCUCUAAGAGGAGAAAUUCCAACUGGUGGUUCUUUCGAGAACUUCACUGCGGAGUCUUUUAAGGGUAAUGAGGCAUUAUGUGGAAUUCCAAGGUUCCAUGUACCACUUUGCAACCAUAAUGUUUCGAAACACAAGUCAAGAAUGAGAAGGGCACACUUGGCUUUAUUUAUUCUUAUUGGAGUUGUUGCAUUUAUCUCGCUUCUCUCUUUAGUCUUCAUUUUCGUAAGAUACAGAAGAAAAAAUAACACAGUCGAGGGAAUUGAUGAGCUGGUUCCUACUGUACCAGAAAGAAUUUCGUAUUACGAACUCCUACAAGCAACUGAACAAUUCAGUGAGACCAAUUUACUUGGAAUGGGGAGUUUUGGUUCUGUGUACAAAGCCGUUCUAAGAGAUGGUAAUAUUUUCGCUGUAAAGGUCUUCAAUUCGCUAUCAAAAGCUUCUUCUAAAAGCUUUGAAGUCGAAUGUGAGGUACUACGAAACAUCCGCCACAGAAAUCUCACCAAAGUCAUGAGCAGUUGCUCUAACGAGGAUUUCAAGGCACUGGUACUUGAAUACAUGCCAAAUGGAAACCUCAACCAAUGGCUAUAUUCGCACAACUAUUGCUUGGAUCUAAUGCAAAGAUUGAACAUAAUGAUUGAUGUUGCAUGUGCGUUGGAAUAUCUUCACCAUGGCUAUUCGACUCUCAUUGUUCAUUGCGAUUUAAAGCCAAGCAACGUGUUGUUAGAUGAAGAAAUGGUUGCCCAUUUGAGUGAUUUCGGGAUAGCAAAAUUGAUGGGCGAAGGUGAGAGCAUUGUGCACACUAACACCCUAGCAACAAUAGGUUACAUUGCACCAGGUUAAUAUUCUCACUUUCACUCAUUCUACUUUUAGAUGUUUUUGAUUUAUUGAAUUAUACGAUUGUUUUUUUACAGAGUAUGGCUUGGAAGGGUUAGUUUCGACAAGGUGUGACGUUUAUAGCUAUGGAGUGAUGGUGAUGGAAACCUUUACGAGAAAAAGGCCAAGCGACGAUAUGUUCGGUGAAGAUUUAACCUUAAAGAGUUGGGUUCACAGCUCACUUAAUAAUAAUGAGUCAUCAAGUGAGGUUAUAGAUGCCAAUGUAUUAAAUACGGAAAACGAACAAGACUUUGAGAAAAACGUGCAAUGUGUGUCAUCAGUACUGGAGUUGGCUUUGAGGUGUUGUGCGGAAUCUUCUGGUGAUAGAAUAAACAUGAAAGAAGCUUUGGCAGAGCUGCAAAAAAAAGGUCGGUUUUCCCGCCGGGAUUAACCCUGAAACAAAAGAUUAUGCCCAAGUACCAUUGAUGCUGGUAAUACUGUUGUAAUUGUUGGAAUUAUUUCAAUAAUUAUGUGGGCUCACAUAUGUGACGUAAA